AAAUAAGCUAAGUUAGCAUCGGUGAUUUGAGCUAACAGCUGGCACAGUUCGAUAUAAUAUUAAAACAACGACUCCACAGUGUAUUUUAAGUAAAUAUAUGGAAACCGAAAGGGCUCACUACCAUCCAGCUAACCGCAACAAUACGUGGAUUAAGUUUGUGAUUUUGCGUUGACGUUAUACAAUAGAUACAGCUAGCGCAUAACAGCGGCUAGCUAGCUAGCUAGCGCUAACAGUAGCAAACAAACGGCUCUCACUGUCCUACGUUAGUUUUACGAAGUAGCGUCGGACACCGUGUGCUUCCCGCUGACUGUCGGUACUAACGUGGUUGUAAACGUGGUUGUUUUUCUGUCAUUACCGUGAGAAAUACCGGGUGGAGACAAUGCACCACGUCAAGAUCAAGACUGAACGGCCAGAUGCUGAAGGGGCCGGUGCACGCACCAGGUUGGAUGCUGUGUUAAACAGACUGGUCGAGAAGAGUGAAAAUGAAAGGGAUCAAAAUGAGGGCGACGCUGGGAAAACUUCAGCGGACUCUUUAAACAAGGAUUUGUCUCCAUCGUCUUCUGGAAAAAGACCCUCAGCUCGAUUUCCACAGCACCGGCGGAAGAAGCGAAAAGAGAUGGAGGAGGGCUUACCAGAGACGAAUCAGCAUAAACAAAAUGCUUACAUUAUUAAGUUGUUUGAUCGCAGUGUGGAUCUGGCUCAGUUCAACACCAGCACCCCACUGUAUCCUAUCUGCCGUGCCUGGAUGAGAAAUAAUCCGUCUGUUCGAGAGCCGGCCGCUUACCCAAGCCCCCCACACAGCAUAGUAGAGGAGGAGGUCUCAGACAUGAUCAAUGGUCAGAUCGUGUACAGACUCCCCCCUCCGACCUCCUGUCCAAUCAGCACCUCUGGUGAACCCGUCAAUCUCAGGAUCCCUCAAACCGAAAAGCCCAAUGUUUCCAAGUUAGAAGAUUCAGUUCCUGUACCAGUGUCUCUCAUAUGUGACCACAUGGAACGUUGGAAGAAGAUAAGACAAAAAUGGAAGGAGUGUUCCAGUAAGAACCAAUUAAGAUACAGCGAGAGCAUCAAGAUCCUGAAGGAGAUGAAGGAGCUCUAUGAUCGUUAAUUCUAACUACUAGCUCGCCAACUCAGAAUAGACUCUUUUCUGUUGGAAAGGAACUGUGGAGUAAGACCCAGUGUCUGAAUAUACCUGCCAUCUCCUACAAACAAGUAGACUCAUACGAACACAUCAACUGAACCUGGAGCCUUAAAUGAAACAUGUAUUGCAGAAUGUUUUGAAAAGAAUCGUUAAGUUUGGAGUGUGAUGUGGGACUGUUUGUCUGAUGUGCUCACUCGUAGUAUUUUUCAACAAAAACUGACGUGAAUUCUCAUCAUUAACAAGAUUAAUUAAAGUUCAUUUUGGUUUCUUCAA